UGUUAUUCUAACGUGUAAGCCAUAAUGAGCCGUGAGAAGCCAUCUGUGUUGAUAGACAUUAUUUCUGACACCGUCUGACCAUGGUAAGUACUGGUAAAAUCGAUCAGGAUUGAAAUGAUGAGUCAUUCUAAGCGUUAACAAUUCCGUGAAGCGCAACACUCGUCAGCUGCAUGCCCUGCCAUCAAAUCUUGCAACGAACGAGAAGAAAUUGCUGUGCGAAGCCGUGAUCUUAUAUCGUGAUUAGGAAGAGGAGAAGUAAAUUUGAUACAGAAAACGGGAUUUCACGGCAAAAUAUGCCUUAGAUUGUGUUGGAAAUCGUUUCCAAUUAAAUCUUCGCCCUUGGCGCUCACACAAUUGCAAUUUUGGGGAAGACCUCAAAAACGCUCUACAGAUUGCUAGAAGAUAUAGGAAACAUCCCAAAAUUAUUCAACGAAAAAAAUCUGAUAUUGGUCAAUUUGUACACGGAGAGGUGUACAAAAUUGAAAAUCAGUGGGUGAAGAACUGUAGAAGAAAGGGCCUCUUAAUUUAUUCAUGGAUCCUGUUGUGCCUUUCUUAAUUCUUGAAAGCAUUUUAAGUGGCCCUUAUUCCUUAAGCUGUACUACAUUUGGUGAUAAACUUUGAAUUUGCUCUCCCAAGGCCUUAAUAUUCCCACACUACAGAGCAAUGUCAGGCUACAUUGCGUUUUAAAAAGAUUAGCAUCUAAUUGUUUUUUUAUUUGUGGAAGAUCGUGUUUGUCACACUUUUGUCAAAUAGAAUGAUCAUAUCCCUUUGUUUUCCUUCAGGUGUUUUGUUGGAAAACGCCAUCUGGAGGAAGCCAUGAAGGUGUUUUCCAACGACUUGUCAUUUGUGGUGACAUGGAAGCCUUUCUUCCUGAACCCUACAACUCCUGAGGCUGGUAUACCUCUCAUUCAAUACCUGACACAAAAAUAUGGACCAAGGGCAGGUGCCAUGGCCAAGGAUGGAACUAGUCCUCUGACAAAAGCUGGGUUGAAUGUGGUAAUGAUUAUAACAUCAUUUUUGGUAUCUAAUGCCACAUCAAAUUAGGAGCUCCCACAUUUUAAGAAAUAGAGUACCAAAACAAGCUCAAAUUAGUUUCCUACUUACUUUUUAGAACUCCAUCUACCCAUGGACAUACUGAGACUUUUAGGCUAAUAAUGCCCCCCCUCCCCCUCCCUAAGAUAAGCAAAAAAAAAAUGAGCCAAAGCAGAUCAGGUAAUGAACAACUACAAUCAUAUGAAUAUUUGAGGUGCAGAGGGCAGUUAUAAGGGUGCCACAGAAGAUCAAAAGCUCUAGAUUCUAGCCAUGGUUGUAUCUCUUGGUGGUAUCCUGGAGCAAGACACUUGACUGUCACAGAUAACCCUCAUGUAACCCUGUGACCCCAGAGAGUGACUAGCAUCUAAUUUCUCCUUACAAUAUCAUUCCUGAAUCGUACUUUAGGAUGACAAGAAUAAAGGAAACAACCAUUAACUAAAGAAGCUUUUGAUUGUUAAACAAAUUCUCCUUGUCAGCACCAUAGGAAAUGUAUAGAGAACAGUAUGGAGAAUAUGCAUACUGAUGUUGGGGUGUAAAGGGUUAACCACACAGGAGUACAUAGUGUUAUGUAUCAACAAACAGUCAGGGUAGUGUACAAAUUAGUGGGAUGUCGCUGCCUUUGUUGGAUGAUUACAUUGAGAGAGUACUAAUUUAUCUUUUGUUCUUCUUUCUCACAAUAGGGCAUCAAUUUCACAACAGAUCGUCUCAUAGUCAACACUUUAAAAUCUCACUGUAUGCUGGACUAUGCCAAGUCAGAGGGGAAGCAAAAUCUUCUGGCAGAGAACCUUUUCAAAAUAUAUUUUGAACAAGGAAAGAAUAUCAAUUCCACUGAUGUUUUGGCACAAGUUGCAGUGGACACUGGGCUCAACAUAGAUGCUAUGGAAAAGUGAGUAUCUUUGUCGAUAACCUUACCCCUUUCUUACAUACAAAAGAUUAUUGAAAUAUGAUUUUAAUACUAAACUUAAGUAUGCUCGUUUCCUCAGGUAUGGGCUGUUUUCUUAUUAUUUACUCGACUGAUUGUUGAAUUUACUUUUUAAGAUGUUACCACACUUCAUAUGUCCAUAUUACCACAUUGUACAUAGUUUUUUCAAUGUUUGCCUUUGUGCAUAGGUCAUUUGUUCAGUCAGUGUAAUAAUAAUUUCUCAUUAGUAAAUGGUUUGAACCAAGGGGUAAUAUGUGAUAGUGGAGUCUGAUAGUUGGGUUUAACAAGUCAGUAAAGUCUCUUCAUAUGAGCCCCGUUGAUCAGGCAGGCCUGGUUUUCAAUAUCUCAGCACAUCCCUAAUUCUCUUAAAAAAUCCUGAUGUGUUAAUAUGAACAGGUGAUCUGGCCUCGCAUCCUGAGAUCUCGGUUUUUCCCUGUAAGAUCUCAGGAACCAGGCCAGAAAUAAUUUUAGCCCCUUCUCUCAUUUAAGUACACAGAUUGAAAUUUCUCACAUGAACCCAAGACAAAAUUUGUCUUGGUUAACAAGACAGCCUAGUCAACUGGGCUCAUGUGAAGAGGCCCUGAGUCAUUUAAUAAAUCCUAUUCAGUCUCUCAUUUUAUAAAUUUCCUAUGGAAAACAUAUUUGGUUUUUAAGUCCAGUUCAUGUUCUGAAAAACACUCAUUAUUUGAUUAGCCAGUUGUUAACAAUGUUUGCAUCUUAUUUAGGCACCUGAAGGACAAAUCAGUUGUUUCACGAGUGCAAGAGGAAGCCAUGGAGGCUCAUGAUGAAGGAGUCCAUGGAGUGCCUUUCUUCAACAUCCACCUUAAAGGAGAAAGCCAGAAGAUUGCUGGAUUCUCAGGUGCACAACCACCUGAGACAUUCAAGAGUAUCUUCCAGCGGCUGCUGAAUAGAUUCAAAGCUAGUGUUUAAGGUCACACUUCUGACAUAGUUCUACUCUUUUGCACAUUGUUAGCUAAUAAUACUUUUGAAAAAAGAAGCUUUUAGAGCAAGGGUUUUUUCAGCAUUAUGGUAUAUAUAUAAUCAAGAAAAAAAAAGUCUUCUAGGUUACUCAAAUCCAGUUUCUGUAGCAAUAUUUUGACCACUUUCCUUCUAGUUAGCUUGGCUUGUGCUCAUCCAAAGCCUGGAUAUCUUAAGAGACCAGGUUUUGUCUUCUGAAAACUUACCUUUGUUUUAAUGCAAGGCUGCUAACUCUUCUAGUCUUCUUGUGCUUGAUGAGUUCAUGUGUCUAACAUGAUUACCUUUGAGAAAACCUAUUCUCAAGGGUUUGAUGAUAAAAAUCACAAGGAAUUCAGUAGACAGUACAAGACAAUUGAAACUUAAAACACAUUUCAAUACACGUUGUAUGACACAGUUUAGGCCUACAGUGAUAUGUUAUUUCUUAAGAUGGAUGUAGUUAGUUAAAAUUUCAAACCCAUUGGACCAAGCAGACUGUUUUAACUAGUGUAGUGGUUAGAAAGCUGUAAUGUUUUAUGAGGCUUGGAACAGUAAUGUCAGUGAAGGUCUGUGACUAAAUGAUUAUCUUGGGAUAAAUU